AUGGACGAUUUACAACAUGUUCAAGUUUACAAGAAUGAUGGCCAAUUACAAUUAAAAAUUCAGCAAUUGCUUCAGAAGUUGCACGAUAUUUGUGCGCCUAGCUCAAAACACUCAAGUCAAGACCUCAAGAUUGUGCUUCAAAGUAUAACUUUUGAAUUGGACGCGACAAUUAGGCAAUAUGAGCCACAACCCCAACUACUCGAAAAGCAUCUAGAGCAGUAUAUCACGUCUUUACUGAAAACAUUUUUAGAUUACGAACUGUCGCGUGAAUAUGUUGGUGCAAUUGUCUACUCAUUCACAAAAGUUUGUGGAGUCAAGGCUGUUAUAUUGCAAUUCCCACCAGAUGUUUACUUGUUUGAUAAGCUUAUUGAGAUAUGCCAGAAACUGGACCUGGACGCUAUUGAGUAUGCGUGUUUACUGUGGCUAUGUAAUAUGGUAAUUGUACCGUUUCCAUUGUCCAGCAUAGACGUCUCAUUAUCAGAUAAGGCAUUUGCUAUCGGCAAGGAACAUUUACACAGGUAUUCUAACUGUUCAAAAGUUCAAGUGAUCUCGCUGAUUUUGUUAUCACGUCUUUUGACUCGGCCAGAUAGCAAAUUUUUGUUACAAUCUUAUGUUGAAACGUUCAAAAAUACAUGGCCUGCGCUAAAUCCAGAUGUCAAGUUGGGCCAUCUUUUAGUGCUCAAUAAAAUAUUGAAAAGAGCUCAACUAAAGCAUUCUGAUAUGGAGGUCAUAUACAAUUGUAUUUUGAAUGAUUUAUUAUUGAUUGAAAUAUCAAGUUUAAAUGCUCUUUACAUGAUUAAAAUAUUGGGCAAAAUGGGUAAACGGUAUAUCCAAAGUUUUGAGUAUGGAACUGUGGCAGACAUAAUUAAUACUCUUGUAAAUGAAAUCUUGUUAAGUGAACGAACCAUUACGGGCUUUGAUACAAACUUGAGAUACGGAAUGGCCAAGGCACUUUGCACACUUGUAUCGCAAUUAUCAUUUCAAGCCAUCAAUUAUCAAAGUCAGGUUAUUGAAUUUAUUUUUGACUUGAUUACUGUGCAUGCCAGUAAUGAGGAGAUAAAUUUUCCAGUAACUCACACAGCUUUGUUAACUUUGGGGUAUAUUGCUUUGCUGAACAAGCUCCCUGAGAAAUUUGUUGACCAGAGUUUGGAGAUUGCCAGAAGAUUUCUCUUUUACAAAGUUAAUAGAGGUACAGUUGUAAUUGGAAGCCAAAUUCGCGAUUCUUCUUGUUUUUUGAUCUGGGCUAUUGUGCGUAAUUUGAGACAAAUUCCACAGCAAAACGGAAAGAGUACAGUUGCAAAAGUAUUUGAGGAUUUACUCGUUGUUUUGAUUUUUGACAAUGAGUUGAUUGUAAAAAAAUGUGGCAUGGCUGUUAUUCAAGAGAUCUUGGGAAGAUUGGGACCUCAGAUAAUUCCCAUAGAAAAUGCAAUUGCGAGAGGAGAAUACAUUUUAAAAUUUGUCGAGCUGCUCGGUAAUCUUCAUUUGAAUCAAAAAAUAUGCUACCUGUUUGUUGAUGAAUAUUACAAUGCCAUUGACAUGGGUUUCUUGAUUGAACCUUUGGUAAAGCAUAUUUGUGAGGAAGAUGGGGAUGGUAAGUAUCUUAAUAAAUUAUUGCAGCAGCAGCAGCAGCAACAACAACAAUUUCAACAACAACAAGUGCGACAACUAAAGCUGCUUCAACUUCCUGAUAAAUUGUUUUUGCGUUUAAACAUCAGCCGUCCUCCGACCCCAGAUGUGAUAAAGAACAUGUUUAUCAAGUCAAAGAAGUGGCAUAUUUUGUAUGAUGUCGAUGAUUUCCGUGAAGCAGCAACCCAACUUUUUACAGAUUUUGAAUUUGACAAUACCAACACUGAACUCAUCAAAGGAUAUUUGAAUUAUAUCAAGGACAGACAACUUGAGAAUUACCUGGAGUGGCAUAAUCUUUUGCAAGCCACUAAAAAUGAGCAAUUACUUGAGGAGUUUCGUGCAAUCAUUGCUAACCAAGAUUCAGUUCCUUUAGACGAAAUAGUUAAUCAUUUACCACACAAUACAGUGCUUUCGAAAACAAUAUUUGAUUUCAAGCAUUUUAGCCAGGAUCAGCUUAUACAAUUAGUACAAAAGCUAAGAAAUACUGAUACAUUCAAUGCGAAUAUUAGGGCGAAUAUGAUUGAUAACUUGAGUGACAACCUUGGGGGCAACUAUGCAUCUAGUUUUCAAAUUGAGCAGUUACUUGAUCUAUUUGAUGACUAUACCACCACUGACCAGGGCGAUGUUGGUUCCAAAGUGCGCUCUUCCAUGAUUCGAUUAGUGCGGAACAAUAAGUUCCAUUGCGUUGAGCUUGAUCUUAAGCUUAUUCGACUUAGCGGGGAACUUAUGGAUACUAUCCGGCACUCUUCAUUUAGACUUUUAGCCGGUAAACCAUUUUCUUGGCCAAACUUGUUUGAUUAUUACAACAAUUCAAUUGCAGAUUCACAAAUGAAGACUGAGUUUUGGCGUGGUGUGGUUUUCACUAUUGGUUCAACCAUAGGGAACUCCAAAACUAUAAAUGAAGGAUUCAAUGAAAUGCUUUGCCAUAAAAUUACCACUUCUGAUAUCGACAUCUUGUUGAGCUUUGUGAGUUUACGCAAAAACCGCAAGAUGAAUCGUCGAGAGUUGAAAUGUGCACAGUGUACAUUGCAGCUAAUUUUAAAGCUUUUUGAGGCUAAUUAUCAGUUUCCCCAAGAUCUAAACUUUACACAUAUUUUUGUCGCAUGUUAUAAUAUGCACAUCAACACAAGAAAUAUGAACCGUAUUAAAACUGUUUUGAUGAUAUUUUAUUACAUUGCAUUGAAAUCUGAAACGUGCAAGCAACGAGUUUACGAUCGAUACCUUUGGAUAUUGAAGAAUCAUACACUUAAUGAAGUGAAAGUAUUUGUGGGUGAAGUCAUCUUAUUCAACAUUGUUAAUGACUUAAAUAUAGUGCAUGAAAUUGAAGAUGAUAAUUUGUUUGCUUCAUACGAAAAAAUAGAUUGGUUCGAUAUUGAUGACCAGGCCAUGGAGUUGGCAGAGGCUGUACUCAAGUGA